AUGCGCGCUUCCGCCAUCUCCGGAGCUCUGCUCGCCCUCGCCAGCUUGGUGUCGGCUCAGACUUAUACCGACUGCGAUCCCACCAAGAAGACCUGCCCCGCUGAUCUUGCCAUCGGUGGUGACUACACCAUCGACUUCACCAAGGGCAAGAACUCGUUCUUCAGCCUUGCUGCCGGUACCACUCUCACCUACGACAAGUCCAAGGGCGCUGUCUUCAGCAUCGCCAACGAGAAGCAGGCCCCUACCAUCAGCAGUCUCGGCUACAUCUUCUUCGGAAAGCUCGAGGUUGAGCUGGUCGCUGCCCCUGGUGCUGGUAUCGUUACCAGCAUUGUCCUCCAGUCCGACUGCCUCGACGAGAUCGACUGGGAGUGGCUCGGUGGCAAGCCCGAUGAGGUCCAGACCAACUACUUCGCCAAGGGCGACACCUCGACCUACGACCGUGGCGGUGUUCACGCCGUCUCCGCCUCUACCUCCACUUUCCACACUUACACCAUUGAGUGGACUGCCGAUGCCUUGACGUGGUCCAUCGAUGGCAAUGCCGUUCGCACUCUCACCUACGCCGAUGCCAAGGGUGGAAAGGAGUACCCCCAGACCCCCAUGCAAGUCAAGCUUGGUACCUGGGUUGCCGGCCGCUCCGAUGCCCCCAAGGGCACCGUCGACUGGUCUGGUGGCUAUGCCAACUUCGACAACGGCCCUUCCCUCAGCUACUACAAGCGCGUCGUCGUUCAGGACUACAUGGGUGGCAACAAGGCCGCCAAGUCAUACAUCUACAGCGACCGCUCCGGAACGUGGCAGUCUAUCACUGUCGAUACUGAGGGCGAGGGUCUCCAGGACAAGGGUGUUGAUAAUGGUGAUGAGGACAACAAGUCCUCUACCGCUAGCCGCCCUUCUUCCUCCACCGCCACCAAGAACAGCACCUCCACCGCCGAGCCCACCUCUUCUUCCACCGGAUCCAGCGAUGCGACCACGACCGAUGGUGCUGAUGCCGAUGCCGAUGCCGACGCCCAGGAGACUGGUGCUCCCGACUCCGGUGCCUCGGUCAUGAAGAGCCUUACCGUCGCCGGUGCCGUUCUCUCCGGCAUUGCCGUCUUCGCCAACCUUCUCUAA